AUGUCGAGCUAUACAGGGAAGCGAAGAAAGCUGAGUCCAUGUCCUGAUAGUGUUUCGUAUACCGAAAACGCAACGUCUUCAUAUGCAGCCAUCGGCGCAGACCGGUCACUCAAAAUGAAUGGAUUAAACGGCUCAAAACCGACCGAUACUUCAAGGCCAACCAGGCACAUGGCAAAUGCUGGCUCUGCAGAAAUAGCCCUUGCUAGUGGACUCUACAAAUCUAGUUUCUUCAAGUUACAACUAGACGAAUUGAUUACAGAGUCAAGGCCACUUUACGACAAACAACUCGCGACGAUCAAGGACACCCUUCAUGAGCUAAAGGAUCUGAUCGAGAACCUGCCAGAACAACCGGCCAAACAGGCAUCGGAAGCUGAGAAGGACUUACGCCAGUCGCAUGGUAUUGCUGUUCCGUACCCCCAACCGCAUCCCGGAAAGGAUACCAAAUACUCGGUUAUGUUUGCUCGACCCGCCAACGUCAAUGUGGUUGGAAGCUUUGCGCUUAGAACGGGCACAAAAACGGUAGCACCAUAUGUUGUCGAUAUGUCUGUGACAAUGCCAAGCUCAAUUUUCCGAGAAAAAGACUACACCAAUUAUCGAUAUUUUCAUAAACGAGCGUACUAUGUGGCUUGCAUUGCUGCUGGAAUCAGAAACAAAAAAGGUAUAGACCUGAACCUGAAAUUCCAACUCCAGGAUGGGGACCCUCUUCGCCCUACUAUUAUAUUACAGUCCCCACAUUCCUCAAGAUCUGGAAACGGAGGUUCAAAGUUCCAGAUUCGCAUCAUCACAGCGGUUGAAAGCACAUUGUUUCCUAUCAGACGCACCCUUCCAAUGAAAAACAGCGUACGACGGGGUUCAGAAGGAGAGGAAAAGAAUCAGGAACCUACUCCCUUGUACAACUCAUGCCUCCGUUCGGAAGCCACUGUUGCCGACUAUCAUAAGCUUCUGUCUUCAGCCGUCUUCAGCUGUGGAUCGUUCAAAGAUGCAUGCGUUCUGGGUCGUAUAUGGCUCAAGCAACGCGGAUAUGGGUCGUCAUUUCGCAGUGGCGGGUUUGGAGGUUUUGAAUUUUCGAUACUCAUGGCACUUUUGCUCGAAGGUGGGGGUCCGAAUGGCAAACCUGUCCUCCUCAAGUCAUACAGUAGUUAUCAGCUAUUCAAAGCAUCUAUACAGUUUCUUGCUGGAAAGGAUUUAACAGAUCCUUUAUUGUUUGCAGUUUCAGAUGUUUCGUUUCCAAGCGGAGCUCCUGUGGUUUAUGACGACAGGAGAGGCCUGAACAUUCUCUACAAGAUGACGCCCUGGUCGUACUCGUUACUUCGCCGCGAAGCAGGGAUAACACUUAGAAUGUUGAACGAGUCUCGGGAUGACCAUUUCGAAAAGGUUUUCAUUCUCAAAAUUGAUGAACCAUUGCUUCGAUUUGACCGGCUUAUCACACUUUCGGUCACAGAAAAUGGUGAUGCACUUGCUACAUUCCACAAAGAGCGCGCGAUUUACGAAUUGCUUCUGAAUGCGCUUGGGGACAGGGUCGAUCUUAUUCACAUUUCCAGCCCAUCUAGUAGCCCUUGGUCUGUGGAAAUGAAAGGUCUGCGAAAAUCAGGGAAGCGCAGCCUUCUGGUGGGCUUGCUUAUGAACUCUGAGAAUGCUACACGUUUGGUCGAUCACGGUCCAUCUGCAGAAGAGAAGGAAGCAGCUACAUCGUUCAGGGAAUUCUGGGGUGAAAAGGCUGAGCUCAGACGUUUCAAAGAUGGCAGCAUUCGCGAAAGUUUGGUAUGGUCCGAAGAUUCGUCCGCUUCGAUAGUGCAUCAAAUCCUGCUCCAUGUUCUGAACCGUCACUUUCAUUAUUCUGAAGACGAUAUAAGCUAUUUCGGUGACGAAUUUGAUGUACAACUCCGAAACAACGGCGAUGGAAUACUCUUGUAUUCUAGCCCUGCGUUCCAACUGAUCAACAAUGCCUUCAACACCCUGGAAAAAUCGAUCCAAACCAUGGAGGGUGUUCCUUUGACUGUUAGGCAUUUGGCACCUGCUAGUUCGUUGCUUCGAUAUACGGCACUUCGUGUAGCGCGAAACCGUGAUGCUAACCCUGUUGACGUUGUGCUUCAGUUCGAGAGCUCCGCACGAUGGCCGGACGAUCUUAUAGCUGUCCAGAUGACAAAGGUCGCUUUCCUUGUGAAGAUAGGGGAUGCCUUGACCGAGUUUGGUGACUUCUCAUCGGCCCAAGUGGGAUUGGAAAAUGAACAAAGCAAAAUACUUAAUAACACAUUUCUGGACAUUACUCACGUGUCUGGAGUGGUGUUUCGCCUUCGAAUUCAUCAUGACCGUGAGCAAACAUUACUUGAACGAAAAAUCAGAGAACAAGGUGCGGGUACGCAAACAAAGCAAGAAGUUUCCUAUGCACUUUCUGCAUACAAGAGGCUCUUCAUCCACUGCCCGCGCCUCUCGCAAGCGGUCAAAACGCUAUGCACCCGUUUUCCACUUCUGUCACCUACCAUACGCUUGGUAAAAUAUUGGUUCAGUUGCCAUCUCUUCGAUGCGCACGUCAAUGAGGAGCUAAUCGAGCUGAUCGUGGUGCGGGCAUUCGCUCAGCCACACCCUUGGGAGACGCCCUCGAGUGUGAUGGCCGGUUUCUUAAGAACGUUACAUUCCAUUUCACAAUGGGACUGGCAGCAAGAGCCGAUAACCGUUGAUCUUGGUGGUGAAUUGGACCAAUCAGCAAUCGAAACAAUUCGGACGCGGUUUGCCGCAUGGCGCAGUAUUGACCCGGCGAUGAAUAGCGUAUCUAUGUUUAUUGGUUCUGAUAUCGACAUUGAAGGCGUAACAUGGACGCAGUACGAAAUGCCCCCAAAAGUGGUUGCUGCGCGGAUUUGCACCCUCGCAAAGACCGUCAUGAAACUUGUACGGGAAAAUGGGCCUGGACUUGAUAUAUCGCAACUUUUCAUUCCCGCACUUGAACCGUACGAUUUUAUCAUCCAUCUAGACUCGAAGCUGUUGCAUGACCGUUCAGCUGCGGUAACAAAAUUUAAAAACCUCAGCGCGUCGAGGGAUCCAGCUCGACCUGGCAAACAAGAUAUCAUCAAAGCGUUACUUUGUGAUUUCCAGGCUUGCUUCAGAUCCAGUAUUCUUUUUUUCUCUGGGAAUGAGCAAUCUGAUAUCAUUGCUGGACUCUGGAACCCGCAGACCUCAAAGUCGAAAGGCUGGAGUUUGGGUCUCGCAUACUCAACAUUGCCGGAAGGGACGAGUGGCUCCGAACUGGAUGCCACUAUUUCGAUCAAUCGCAGGGCGAUUCUAAAUGAGGUCUCUAGGCUAGGGUUGGGUAUGAUCACUCGGAUCGACACUCUCGAAAAGUGA